GCGCCUCCCAGCGUCCACGCCGAUUGGUUGCUGCUGGCGGCGGGAUCCGCCCCCGUCACAGUCGGCCUUCAGUCCAGGGCGGGGCUGAGACUCUCUCCGCCAAAGCAAAGGCUGCAACCGGCACAAACUUAGCCCAGGUCGAUCCAUGGAGCACAGUGGGAACGCUGUGACCGCAGGCGGGAAGUACAGAACCGGACAGGAGCCACGUUAGGGGCCACAGCCAACCCGGUGUGGAGCAGGCAGGUUUAACGCCGGAGCGCCGGGCUGCGGGGCGGAUAAAAACGAGCGCGUUUAUUCCUGUGCCGCUGUCAGGAUGAUGUGACGAAUCUGUCAUCUGCCUCUUGGUUUUUCCCACCGCUGGAGAUCAUCUGAGCUGCUCGUUCUGAGCCUGGCAGGUCUGGGGAGGCGACUGCAACGAUGGCUGAACCACGGCACGAGAGCACCAGCAGCCUGCAGAGGAAGAAACCUCCGUGGCUCAAGCUGGACAUUCCCAACACUCAGAUGUCACUCGACGAGCCUCCCGCUUUUGUUCAGCCGGUGAAGAGGCAGGGGUUUCUUCGCAGUAUCAGCAUGCCAGUGGAGACCUCUCACUUCCAUUCUCCACCCCGUGACCUCUUUGAAACCCGCCGGCCCGUCUUACACCGGCAGUCAUCCAUCACUCAGACCAUAAAGAGCAGCAGAAGGGUUCGCUUUGAGCGGAUUAACACGGUGCCUGUUAAAGGCCAGCGAGCUGCUCGCCGCAGCACAAGGAAACACCACUCGCUCUCCAGAACCCUACUCAGGGGAACAGCGGAUUGGUUUGGGGUCAGUAAGGACAGCGAUGCCACGCAGAAAUGGCAGCGGAAAAGCCUGCGCCACUGCAGCCUGCGCUAUGGAAAGCUGAAGCCGCAGGUGAUCCGGGAGAUGGAUCUACCCAGCCAGGACAACAUCUCUCUAACAAGCACUGAGACUCCGCCUCCUCUGUAUGUCCCCUCCUCACAGCAUGGCAUGCAAAAGAUUGUAGAUCCUUUGGCACGUGGACGUGCCUUCCGUAUGGUGGAAGAGGUAGACGGCUACAGUGUGCCUCAGACCCCCAUCACUCCUGGAGCUGCCUCAAUUUGCUCCUUCACCAGUUCUCGCUCAGGUCUCAGUCGACUCCCUCGUCGAAGGAAGAGGGAGUCUGUGGCAAAGAUGAGCUUCAGGGCUGCAGCUGCGCUGGUUAAGGGGCGCUCACUACGAGACAGUACGCUAAGACGGGCUCAAAGACGCAGUUUCACACCUGCCAGCUUUAUGGAGGAGGACGUAGUCGACUUUGGAGAUGAACUGGACACUUCAUUCUUCACCAGAGACAUUUUGAUGCAUGAAGAAUUGUCCACAUAUGCCGACGAGGUAUUUGAGUCACCGUCAGAAGCAGCCUUGAAGGAGGCGGAGCUCAGCACCAAGAAGGAUGAGACGGAGCUGACCGGCAGCGCUCUGGAUAAAACCGAGCUGGAGAGAAGUCACCUCAUGCUACCUCUGGAGCGGGGGUGGCGUAAAGCUAAAGAAGGCGCUACGGGGCUGCCAAAGGUGCCACUGCGUCAGGAGGUGGUCAUUGUUAAUGGACAGCGGCGUGGGCAGCGUAUCGUCGUUCCCGUCAAGAAGCUUUUUGCCCGAGAGAAGAGGCCGUAUGGGUUGGGCAUGGUGGGGAAGCUCACCAACCGCACUUACCGCAAGCGGAUUGACAGCUACGUCAAACGGCAAAUAGAAGACAUGGACGACCACAGACCUUUUUUUACAUACUGGAUCACCUUUGUUCAUUUACUCAUCACUAUCUUGGCCAUUUGCAUCUACGGUUUUGCACCGGUGGGAUUCUCCCAACACGAGACCGUUGAUUCUGUUUUGAGAAACAAAGGCGUGUAUGAAAAUGUUAAGUUUGUACAGCAGGAGAACUUCUGGAUCGGGCCGAGCUCAGAAUCUCUGAUCCACUUGGGGGCCAAAUACUCCCCCUGCAUGCGGCAGGACCAGCAGGUGCACAAUCUUAUCAGGGAAAAGCGAGCCAUCGAACGUAAUUCGGCCUGCUGCGUGCGCAACGAUCGCUCCGGCUGUGUCCAGACCUCAGAGGAGGAGUGUUCAAGUACUCUGGCUGUGUGGGUGAAGUGGCCGCGGCAUUCAAGCACUCCUCAGCUGAACGGUAAAAACAGACAGUACGGGUCAGUGUGCCAUCAGGAUCCCAGCAUAUGUCUAGAACCUGCCUCGGGAUCAACUCAUAAAUGGCCCGAUGACAUCACCAAGUGGCCGAUUUGCACCAAGAACAACACAGGGAACCACACCAACCUGCCUCACAUAGACUGCACCAUCACAGGCCGACCCUGCUGCAUUGGAACCAAAGGGAGGUGUGAAAUCACAUCCCGAGAAUAUUGUGACUUUAUGAAGGGCUACUUUCAUGAGGAAGCUACUCUCUGCUCUCAAGUGCACUGCAUGGAUGACGUGUGUGGGCUGUUGCCUUUCCUCAAUCCCGAGAUCCCAGAUCAGUUUUACAGGCUCUGGCUCUCACUUUUCCUACAUGCUGGGAUCCUUCACUGCUUUGUGUCCGUGGCUUUCCAAAUGACCAUCCUGAGGGACCUGGAGAAGCUGGCGGGCUGGCUGCGCAUUUCCAUUAUUUACAUCCUCAGCGGCAUCACUGGGAAUUUAGCAUCUGCCAUCUUUCUGCCCUAUAGAGCUGAGGUGGGUCCCGCUGGCUCUCAGUUUGGGAUCCUGGCCUGCCUGUUUGUGGAGUUGUUCCAGAGCUGGCAGAUCCUGGCUCAACCCUGGAGGGCCUUCAUCAAGCUGCUGUGCGUGGUCCUCUUCCUCUUUGCCUUUGGGCUCUUACCCUGGAUCGACAAUUUCGCCCACAUCAGCGGUUUCAUCUCUGGCUUCUUCCUAUCAUUCGCCUUCUUGCCCUACAUCAGCUUCGGCCGCAUGGACCUAUACCGCAAGCGCUGUCAGAUCAUCAUCUUCGUGCUGGUGUUCGUCGGACUCUUCGCAGGCCUCGUGGUGCUCUUCUACGUAUACCCAAUUAAGUGCGAGUGGUGCGAGUUGCUCACGUGCAUCCCUUUUACGGACAAAUUCUGCGAGAAGUACGACCUGAACGCACACCUCCACUGAGCCACGGCGAGCGUGAGCGCUACAAGAAGGCAUUGGGUCAAAUAAGAGGCCUGUCGGAUCAUAUCAGACUGUCUUUGGGAGGGUUGAUAAACCCAUCUCAACAUGCUUGUGUUUCUUUUUUUUUACUCUGUCAGUAUAAAUACCUAUAAGCCACUCAGCAGAUGG